AUGAUUGAUAUUCCUACUGAUGCCACUGUUCGUCCUUUAUUGAUCGAGUUAAGAUCUGCUCCUGCAUACUGUUGUCUGAUCGACGAUACAGAGUUAGAUGAUGGUUUGCCAUGGUAUCAUGGCAUAUAUCACUUUCUGAGACUUGACGUAUAUCUUGAGGCCGCCACGACCAAGGAUAAGAGAGCAUUGAGACAGCUGGCUACCCGAUUCAUGAUUUGUGGCGAGACGUUGUACAGACGAUCAGCUGAUGGGAUAUUGCUAUUGUGUUUGGACCAUGCUUCUGCCGAUCGAGUUAUGAGAGAGGUUCAUGAGGGAGUCUGCGAACCACAUAUGGGAGGACAUAUGUUGACCCGUAAGAUCAUGAGGACUGACUAUUUCUAG